AUGAGCAGAGCACCAAGAAAAGCAGAUCCAGUAGUGCCAGCAGAAUUUAAUUUGCUAAAUUCAGUUGAGAAUUCAAUUAAAGAAAUGAUAAAAGAUAAAGAAGAAAAUCCUGGCUUAAUUCUCCCAUAUAGUUUCUUAGACAGUUACAAUCGUCCAGAAAUGCUUGAACUCUACAAUACAAUUUAUGAUUACUCCAAAACAUUGACCGAAAUUAACACUUUAAUUAAGCAAGAAGAAGAAAAACAGCACGAAUACAAAGAAACCACAAAAGAUUUGUCAAAACAACUAAGUGAGCAAGGCAAAAUCGUUGCCCAAAAAUACGGAGAAUUAAUCCUAAAAGAAAGGAUUUUCAGAAAAAAUCAAGACGACCAGAAUUUUUUCGAAACAAUUAUUUAUUUUAUAGUAAAAGUCUUGAAGCCUGCAUUUGAUAGGCCUCAAUUGAUCAUGCUUGAAGAAGAACUUAACCGAUUGUUUAGAGGCACGGCGUUCAAUAUAUCAGAGCGAAGACAUAAAACUGAAGAAAAAGUUAAAAAGCUGCCCCAGCUAAAAGGAACAAGCAGAAAAGACCCUGAUUCAAUAAUCACAAAUAUUCUUAUGAGACAAAAAAUAUUGAAAAAUAAGGCAAAAAUUGAUAUGUCAAGAGAUAGAACAUUGCCAGCGUUCGUUAAAUUAACUCCUUAUAAGUCUAUCUUAUCUUAUAUUAUCUAUGCGUUUUACAUCCACUAAGGGGUAGCCGUUUCCAGGACCUCCACCAUUUUUACACGUGUCAACCCCACAGGUCGCUGGUCUAACUUGCUUUGUUACACCAAGGCACGCUUGGAAAUGACGUUCCGGCUUCGACGGCUCAUGAGUGAGCGACUUCACCUUGCUUCCUUGACGCCGUGUGACGACUAAAGGCUCCUUCGCUGCCGCAGGAUGGAAGUGGACAAACCACAGGCCUUUCAAGUUCCCUAAGGGUUUGCCAAACAGACUAGCCUCAGCCGGGAUAGAAUUCCCAUGUAAAACUAAGCCUCAUAAUCAUAAAAUGCAGAAUGAGUGGUGCCGAUCGGCAGGUCGGUACCGUACGAAUGUCGCCAUUUUAUGAUUAUCAACUCCUUAUAAGUCAAUAACUGCAAGAUCUCCACUGAUAUCAAUGCUACUUCCAUCCCCCAAGGAUAAAAUAAGAGAAUUCGAAGAGGUCAGAAAGAGAAAAGCCAAGAACACAAUAAAGCUAAAGCCUUUGCCGAUGAAUGACUCCUGCUAG